AUGAGCUUGAGCUUGGUCCGGGCUUCUUCCAUGGUGGGGCGGGUUCUGGUCUGCGUCCUUUCCCCUUCGCCCCUCCCCGCCGUUCAGAGGCCCGGGCUCCGUGAUUGGCGGGGCGCGGGCUUUUCGUUCAAUCGAAACCUGGAGGACGGGACGGGAAUAGUUGAGGUACGGGUCCCUCACCGAGUUUACCAUACCAAGAGGGAACCCCAAGAACUUGCGAAUAGUGACUGUAUAUCGCCAAGGAUGGAAUUGAUGAUUACUUCGCAGCUUCAGGAUUUCUACAUACAAGUGUACAGAUCCGAUGUUUCAAAAGGUUCUCACAUGGCAAAAAUAAGGCAGCCUGGCAUGGCGGUCCGCGUGAUACCAUUACUUCAAUAUUGCGCAUAG